GGAAGUCAAGGUAUGUAAUGCUCCCAAUUCUUGACAUCAGCUUGAAAUCCGAUUCAGAUUCAUCUUGUUUUUUUUUGUUUUCCUUAUCGACAGAGGCUGUAUAACGAAAUGGAGGCGGGAAUAACUGACAUCAUGAAGCUGGGGAGAGUUCCUGAUCAUUUGAGGAAGCACCACAAAGGAGUUCGUGAAUGGGAAUUGGGCGCAAGCAGAAGCAACCACCACACCAUUCUUCAAGUGAUAAUUGACGGGAGAGGCAACAAGGACGUGGACAUAGAGGGGAAACCAUUGCCAAUGCUCGUAUAUUUGGCACGUGAGAAGAGACCUGGGAACCCACACAACUUCAAAGCAGGAGCCAUGAAUGCUUUAAUAAGGGUUUCAUCUAGGAUAAGCAACGGCCCAAUCAUUCUCAAUCUAGAUUGCGAUCACUACUCAAACAACCCUCAAUCUGCGAGAGAUGCAUUAUGCUUCUUCAUGGAUGAACAACAGGGCCAUAACAUUGGCUACGUGCAGUAUCCUCAGAAGUUCGUUAACAUCACAAAAAAUGAUCUUUAUGCAAGUUCUUUGAAAGUUCCCCAUGACCUAGAGCUUCCAGCCUUGGAUGCACAUGGAGGACCACUAUACAUUGGAAGUUGCUGUUUCCACAGAAGAGACGCUCUCACUGGGAAGAAGUAUGAGAAGGGGUCUCACAUCAACUGGAAACAAGUGGAUGAGAUAUAUGAACCAGAAAGAGAAAAUCUUCUAGAGGAAACUGCCAAGUUUGCAAAUUGUAGCUAUGAAGAGAACUCACCCUGGGGCAAGGAGGUUCUCUCUCUCUCUUGCACGCACACACAUGCACACCAUUGCUACAAACAGAAAAAAUUUAUGAAACUAUACACAGGGAGUGAUUAAGGUACAAUCUUCAACAAGUUUGAUACAAAUAUAGUUAACUUACAGAUGGGGUUGAAGUAUGGAUGUUCUGUUGAAGAUGUGGUUACUGGAUUAUCAAUACAGUGCAACGGAUGGAGAUCCGUCUACUUUAACCCAGGGAGGUAAGGCUUCUUGGGAGUAGCUCCUGUGACGCUGUUAAGUGCAUUAAUUCAGCAAACUCGAUGGUCCGAAGGCCACUUUCAGAUAUUCCUGUCAAAAUACUGCCCUUUAACAUAUGGCCAUGGAAAGAUCCCAAUACAACUUCAAAUAUCAUAUAUCUGCUACAACCUGUGGGGAGCAAACUGUUUGGCUACGUUAUACUAUGUAUCUGUACCGACCUUUUGCCUUCUGAAGGGAAUCAUUUUGUUUCCACAGGAAUGCAUCAACAUUUGUUUUUUUCUUUUUGAGAACAAUCACUUUUUAUCUUUUGAGAAUGCACUGACUUUUGCCACAGUUUUCAAGCAACUGGAUUGUACCAUAUGCAUAUGUUCUCGUAGCAAAAUACACUUACAGUCUGGGAGAGUUUCUCAGCUGUGGAGGCACACUAAAGGGAUGGUAUAAUGAUCAGAGAAUGUGGCUGUACA